AUUUAAUCAUAUUCAAAUGUCACAAUACGGUAAAGCAGAAUAUUGGGAAGAACGAUACACAAGGUAUGACACUUGUUAUGAGAAUUUAGAGAUCCCGAGCCAUUUGAUUGGUAUCAAAGAUUUGCAGGCAUCAAGGAUCUUGUUUAAGCCUGUUUCACUCCUGAAAGUAAGCUCCUUAAUGUUGGGGCAGGGAAUUCAAGUAAAUACUUGUAGUUAAGCAAUUUUAGGGUUGAGCGAAGAGAUGUUCGAUGAAGGUUAUUAGAACAUUACAAAUAUCGAUAUUUCUCAUGUUGUUACAAAGGCUAUGUAGGAGAAGUACAAGGAUAAAGGACCAAAUUUCAAAUGUAGAAAAUGAUUAAAUGUAGAUCUUCAUAUGGAUGCCAGAGCUAUGGAAUUUGAAGAUGGAUCAUUCGAUGGAGCAAUCGACAAAGGAACUCUCGAUGCCAUAUUAGUAAGACAUUUAAUUUACUUGAGUGUGGAGAGUCAUCAUCAUCUAAUGCUUAGAAAGUUAUUCAAGAAGUUCACAGAGUGUUAGGACCAAAGGGUGUCUAUUUUGCAAUUUCCUAUGGUCUACCUGAACACAGACUUUAAUAUUUAGAGAAGCCAGAAUAUGAUUGGUAUGAUUUAGAUGAUUAACAUUAAAUUAGGAAUGUAAUAGUUAAAUAGGUUCAUAAACCAACAAUUUCAACAUCAAUUGCUAUAACUAAUGAGGAUAAAGAUGCUCCUAAUGUUCAUUAUAUCUAUAUAUGCACUAAAGUAGAUUGAAUUAAUUAUGUUUUUAGGGAUAAUAAAAGGGAGCUAAGCAAUGAAUUGAUGAAUUAUAUAUAUAUAUAAUCAAUUA